CUGCCAUCGUCCGUCCUAUUCCUCCAAGUACCGGAACUACCGGAUCGCGUUCCCCAAAACGCCACCAACCUCCGACUUGUCGAGACCCACGAACCGGUCGAUACAAGCACCCAAGCCGUGUGGCGCCGAGUGUUCCCCGACAUUAAGUUUGUGGUUAGACAGGUAUUUGAAGAGGAUGGGCACGAAACAGUGAUUCUCGACAGUAACGUUGAUUGGUACCAACACUCGGAGUUUAAGCGCACGGUAAUGAAAGAUCUCAAGUUCCCCCUCCACUUUAGAUUUUGA